UCAGUGUGCAAGGGCCUUUAUGCUCGUCUGACCCUAACUGGAUCCAGGUCAGAAACAGCUCUGACCCCAGUGGUAAACGGCUCAUCUAUGGAGUGGCCUUUACGCUACAUGCUGGCCAGAACCUCACAGACACAGGUCCCCUGGGUGGCAUGAACAGUUGGGGGAUGUGGCUACUCUAUGUCCUGGCUGCUCUGUGCUACAGCACCGUCCUAAUUUCCAGCUCCUCCUUCCUGCUGGACUUCAUAGGGGGAGGAAUGUCCCAUCCACGGCUGGUGGUGUCCCUCCACAUCACAACAGUGUCUCUCCUCCUAUGUGCUCUCGGAGUGUGUGGGACCUGCUUGUACAUCAUCCACCAUAACCUGCAAGAGGGCAAGCUGGGUCUGCUGUGGUUACGGGACUGGGGGCCCAGGUGGGGACCAGGCUUGGGCCACCCCACCAGGGAUAGAGGUAGAGGUGAUAGGGAAGGGGCAGCAUCAGGCAUGCAGCCAUAUCCAGGGGAAAGCUUCUACAUUGCAGUGCUUGGCCUGCUCUUCUCGGGCAUGGCCUCCAUCAUCAGUAUCAAAGGCCUGGGCGACAUGCAGCUUGACCACACCCACAGGGGCUACACAGUGGUGGAGGAGGACUGCAACACAGAGCCCCUCACACCCAGAGAACCUGCUCAGGGGGCAGAGAUGGGAGAGGAGUGUAGGGUGGUGUUCCCAGAGUGAGAUCGUUUGGAAUGGCCUCCAACAGCACAAGGGUGACAAUUAGCCUCAUGGUUGGUGUCUUACCAUCAGGUGUGCUAGUGACCACUGAAGUUUUAGUGUCACGGGCAGAAGUUACUAUUGGAUGUUGACCAUUGCACUGAAAAUGAAGGUUGCUGUAAGAGCAGUGUAGAUCUCCAUACUAGUUUUAUUUUUACUUUAUUUUGGUCACUUACCCCCAUUUUCCUCAGGUGCAAUCCAGCCCCAAUCCGGAGAAAACACCCCCAAAACAUUACGUUUAAGGCUUUUAUUCGUCUGCCUAUUACUUUGAAUGAUGAUAAUCUGGGAUUUAAAUACAAUAGCGAAAUGUAAUUCUAUUUACCCAGUUUUUUUUAAAGGUUUUGAUCACGUUUUUACAGUAGUUUAGAGGAAAUAUUAAAGUACCUAUUGUAUUGGAAUUUGUAAAGAAGUGACCUAGAUGAAAAUAAGUGCACCUGUUAAAAAAACAUAAAGAAACAGAUUCUUUAUUUUCUGAAUUUAAAGAUUGAUUGUUUGAGGAUUAGGUGUACAUUGAUGUUGGACAGUUUGUGUGUAACCAUGAAAAUAUCCCACGUUAUGUUAUAACCUUUUUUCAUGGUCCUCACAAUUUAGAAAAUAUCCCUGCACUGAGUUCAGCCCGAAAGGAAAUGUUUCAGUUUUGUCUUCACAGGUGGUUUUGUGAAAAUGACAGUGAAACUACAGUAUUUGCACAGUCUUCCAGUGUGGCACUUUUUAUUUACCCUCUGGAAGACAGAAAUAACUUUAAAUUGAAGAUUUACCUGUGUUUUAGGUAAGCUUUAAAUCCUUUUGGAGAAAAUUGAUAUGGUCUUCUUUAGUUUGUAUGUUUUUAUUUUGCUGUUAUUGCUGCUAGUGUUACUUCAUAUUCAUUGAGUGGUACUUCAUAUAUUAUAGAAUGUAUGCAAAUUAUGUUGAAUGUGACACUUUAUACGGUUUAUGAUUAAACAUGUUUGACAUUUCAGAUUUCAUAAGAUUAAUACAGACGCUACAUACAAAGUUUGGACACAUGGAAUGGGAAAAUGUGUCCAACCUUUGACUGGUGCUGUACAUAUUGUAUGUUAGUGUGCUUUCUAGUUUAAUUAUAUAGCACAAACUAUCUAAAACCCAACUGUUCAUACUGUAUACUUGAUGGCAGCCAGUGAAACAAGCGUUACAGGUAUUGUGGCAUGGUGUGUUUUUUAUUUUUAUUUUUUAAUCAGAAUCCACUCAUCUUCUCACACUGUUAAGGUACACAUGAAGGAGUUCACCUAUCAAAGUAGAUCAUUGGUAUUGGUAAAUUGACUGAUAACAACUCUAGGCUUUAUUGCCUUUUCCGAGUCUUAUGGCUGGAGUUUGAAUGGUCUAAGCAUUCCUACUCUUGUGUCGAUGUAUCCAAUUUGAAAUGUUCAAUAUUUUGUGUGUGAUUCAUUUAUUAAUUAAACUGUAGUGUUAAUGUG